CUGGAAGUCCACGAUCUCGAGAAGUCCUUCGGCGCGGUGGUGGCCGCCCACGACAUCAACGUCGUGGUGGAGGAAGGCGAGACCGUUGGCGUUAUCGGCGCCAACGGCGCGGGCAAGACCACCUUCGUCAACCUGGUGACCGGUCAUCUCCCGCCCGGCGGCGGCACGGUGGAGUUCAUGGGCCGCAGCAUUCUCGGGCAUUCGGUGCGCGCCAUUGCGCGGAUGGGCCUUUGCCGUUCCUUCCAGGUUCCCCAGAUCUUCCUCUCCGAAACCGUCUUCGACAACCUGAUGAUGGCCUUUGGUAUUGCGGAGCAGGAAGGGGCGACCCUCUUGACCCCGCUCAGGGAGGACCGGCGGGCGGCCCGGGUGGAGGCUCAUCUGGCGCGCUACCAGAUCGCGGAGUACCGCGACGUCACCGGCGCCGCGCUGCCCCAGGGCAUACGCAAGCUGCUGGACAUCGCCAUGGCCACGGUGCGCAAGCCCAGGCUGCUGAUGCUGGACGAGCCCACCAGCGGCAUCAGCGCGGAAGAGAAGUUCGCCAUCAUGGACAUCCUCAUGCAGGCGCUGCGGGAGGAGCAAACCACCGUGUUGUUCAUCGAGCACGACAUGGAGAUCGUCGAGCGGUACGUCGCCCGCGUGCUCGCCUUCUACCAGGGCGAGAUCAUCUGCGAUGCGCCCACGCGGGAGGCCCUGCGGGAUGAACGGGUGCUGGAAUACGUGCUGGGCCGGGAACACGCGGCAGCGUCUCCGGCACCGGCGCCGAGGUCUCCGUCCGGGGGCGACGCGCUCGCCGUCAGCGAUCUCGACGUGAGCAUCGGUGCUACCCCGAUCCUGCGCGGAGUCCAUCUCAGCGUCCCGUCGGGAUCCAUGUGCGGCCUCAUCGGCCGCAACGGCGCGGGCAAGACCACCUUCAUGCGCGCGGUCAUGGGGGCGCUGUCGAUCCGGCAGGGCAGGGUGCAGUUCGGCGACGUCGAUCUGGCCGCGGCCCCGGCCCAUCGCCGGGCGCACAUGGGUAUCGGGUUCAUGCCGGAGGACCGCCGGCUGGUGCCCGAGCUGACCGCGGAAGAGAACAUCCUGCUGCCCGUCUGGGCCACCGGUGCGGACAACGCCGGGGAACGCCUGCAAUGGAUCUACGGCCUGAUGCCCGAGGUCGAGGAGUUCCGUCACCGCGGCGCCACCAGCCUGUCGGGCGGUCAGCAGAAGUUCGUCGCCUUCGCCCGGGCGUUGAUGUGCGGUACCCGGCUGCUCCUGCUGGACGAGCCCGGCGAGGGCAUCGCCCCGAUCUUCGCUCAGCGAAUGGUGGAGAUUCUGGACGACCUCAAGAAGGAAGGCUUGUCCGUGCUGGUGGCCGAGUCCAACGACGUCCACAUCGCCCGCCUGUUGGACCGGACCUUCGUGAUCGAGCGCGGGAGCAUCGUGGAGGGCGGGUAG